AUGGAACCCAUCCAUACCCAACCUCAGUGGCAAAAUCAUUCCACGCCUGCCUACCAGGACCAGCUGCUCAAGCCCACCGUAGUGGUACCUCUGGGGUUGCAGUACCUUGUAGAGGUGGAGGAGGUUAUACUGAAGAACAAAGUUUUCCAGACCAACGCUGGCCAGAUCCUCUUCUCUGUAUAUCGGGUGGCAGAGUGCUGUGGGCCAGGCCUGAACCUGAGACUCAGAGACCCGUACAAGAGAGAGGUGGUGUCGAUGUACCUGGUCUCCAGUGGCGGAUGCUGCGGAGGAGAAACAUAUCUGAGGAUGGAGACUCAUCCCACCCGCCCCAUAGGGUUUGUCUCUAUUGGCAACACGUCUAGAGAGCUGAACGUCUCAAUCCAGACGGAGAAUCGGGAUCCUGUGUUCUCAGCACGGAUGCCCAUCUACCUGGACUCAAGCUGUGACCAUACUAUUGAGAUACUCAGUGUAAGUGGGAAUCACCCUGUGGCCAUAAUACGGAAAGAGAAAGAGAGCAGAUCGUCACAGGUCAUCUUCCAGUUUCCCUUGAACUUGGAAGUUAAACUUAAAGCUGUAAUCCUGGGUGCAUUCCUGUACAUGACUUACCAAGUCACCCAACUGACCACCAGCAGCAGCAGUUCUACAGCCGAUGACAGUUGGUGGGCCACUACCACCGAAAUGCCAUUUGGUAAUGAUAUAGGUGGUGGUAGUAAUUGGGGCAAUGAUAGUGGGCAUUGUGGAGGCCUGCGGCCAUUAUUGUCUAUUUCUGCAAACUUCACCACUCCGGGGUUCCCUCCAAAAACCAGCUAUGGACGUCACCAUGACAGUUCCUGGUCAUCUGACCUUCCUGGGCCCAAUCCAGAAUCACUUCCUCGUCAUGUGAAUCCCUCAUCCAGUCAGCUGUGA